CAGCUGCGGGUGAAGUUACAGUGAGGGCAUCCUCUUCAUAGGAAACAGAAAAAAGAACUGUGCAUUGAGAUGUGUUUCUGAGGAUGAACUUUAGCAAAUCCUCAGUGAACCACAUGAUGCCCUGAGCCCCUCACUUCCCCCAUUUUCUGAGCAACUCUGAGAACAGAACCAAGAGGCUGAAGAAGGAAGCAGAGAAAUGCCAAGAAAAGCAGAGGAGGGAGACAGGCUGAGCGGCCCCUGGGUGAGGAGUGUUCCAGCUGCAGCUGGAGAGACAGCAGAGGGACGGGACCAUGUGGCUGCCAUCAGCUCUGCUGCUCCUCUGCGUCCCAGGCUGUUCAUCUCUGAGUGGUCCCAGCACUGCGAUGGGCACCAUUGGGGGAUCCCUGAGCGUGCAGUGUCGGUAUGAGGAGAAAUACAAGACAUUUACUAAAUACUGGUGCCGACAACCAUGCUUGUUCCUUUGGAACCAGAUUGUGGCCACCAGAGAGUCUGAGGAAGAAGUGAGGAGUGACCAUGUGUCCAUCGUGGACCAUUCUGGGGACCUCACCUUCACUGUGACCUUGGAGAACCUCACUGCAGAUGAUGCAGGAAAAUAUAGGUGUGGGAUUGCGACAAUAUUGCAUGAAGAGGGACUCCUUGGCUUCCUGCCUGACCUCUUUUUCCAAGUUCAAGUGUUUGUUUCCCCCAGGUCCCUGCCUGGCAGUGUCCACUUCCUGCUCCUCAUACUCGUGAAGGUGCCCCUGUUUCUGACUAUGCUAAGUGCUGUCCUCUGGGUGAACAGGCCUCAGUGGGCAGUUUGUGGGAAACAGAGUCGACCUGAUGAAGACAACAAUAUCUUGUCCUGAAGAUACCGCCACUCAGACUAAAGAAGGAGGAACUUCUGGCCUCAAACCUUCUAUUUCUUCUCACCUUAUUGCCAAAAACUGGUAUUAAAAAAAAAGUAAUGAAAUAUAUCACACACACAAGUGCAAAUAA